AUGGAGGUCUCCAAGUUUGUUGCUACCGCUGCCAGCAACAGCAGCCUGGUGGAAACCACCUUUGCUGCAUCAAUAUCAUCUUUCCCUCUGCGUGGUGGCUCCCUCCAGAAUGCAUCCUUCCCCAUCAGGCUCCAUGCCAUGCUUUCUUCGAUCAACCUCACUGGCCGUCACGUUGAUAUCGUAACCUGGCGACCCCAUGGUCGUCUCUUCAUGGUGAAUGACAGGGAUCGUUUCAUCAAUGAAGUCCUUCCUAGUUGGUUCUUCACCAUGACCAGCUAUGCUUCCUUCCAGAGACAGCUUAACCUUUAUGGCUUUCGACGCUUGUCCACGGGGCCCGACAAAGGAGGCUACUACCACGCCAACUUCUUGAGAGGACAUCCUGACUUGGCUGCACAGAUCCCGCGCCAAAAGCUCAAGGGUACGGGGCCGCGAAAACCCGCAAGAGGCAGAGAACCCGACUUUUACGCCUUGCCAGCCUUGAUGAACAAGCCCCAACCAAUUGCCUCAUCUUCCAACCAAGUCAUGGCCAUGGGAGAUGGUAGACAACAGGGACGCUCCAACGCAUCUUCGGGAAUGUCUCUUCGUGGGUUGCUGGUUGGGGAACAAUCCAUGUUUUCGACCGCAAUUGCCAGAUCCGAGAAGUCCAUGUUGUCGUUGCUCCACCAACAGCAGCACGUCGGCGUGGAUCACAAUAAGUCUGAUGCCACCGCUAUGGAGGAGGCAUUCCGUCAAGGCUGCACGAUGGGGCUCUCUACGAUAUCUCGUCCCAUUGUGGGAGACGCGCGUCAAGAGAACCCCAACAGCAAGCUGAAGGCGGCUGCUACUAAUAUCGGUACACCAGGGACUCGAGGGGCGGUGGCUUCCGGGCAAGAACUAAAGGAGUUCUUGGAUCACAUUUUCGAGGGUGCCAGUGGCAACGAGGACGCUGCGAUCGUGCAACCGUAUCGUCAGAGCCAAGGCGGCGGCGGUACUGAUACUGAUACUGUGGAUGCGAACUACAGUGAUUUGGAUUUGGAGCCAUUUCACCUUCCAGAUCUCUGA